CUAUUGGGCCAGCAAGUCUUUCGGAAAAACGGUUUUCCUCAAGUCGUAUUUUGGUACUUCCCCGCAUUUGCGCGACGCUAUGGACGGAUCGAAUCUGUUAAUCCAAGUGGACACCAUCGAUGUGAACGAUCUGGUCUAUGUGGAGCGCGAUCUGAACUUCCGCCAAAAGGUUGGGCUUUGUUUCCUGCUCUUCAGUGACGUCGAUGCCGAUGCCGCCUUUAUACUACAGAAGCUACUUGCCAUGGCCGGCGGGGAUCGGCAGCAGCCAAGCGAUCUGCUGACACAGUACUCAAAGUCCCGGCCAGAUACUUGGCGGCGGCAGCUCGUGGAGGCUCUGUGCAUCAUUGGUGCCCGACAGGUUCUCCGAAAACUUGGCUUCCGGUGGACUGAGCUGCGGCUACAUUACCUACCGCACAUAGCGGGAAUCUCACUGCAUGUGCAUCCGCUGCUAAAGAGCCUAUACAGGAUCUGUGAGGAUCUGACGAUGGCGCAGAGCGGUCGCCUUAUUCUCGAGGUAAGCGAGAAGGUGGGACGUCAGCAGGCGGGAGCUGGUGAUCCGCUGCGAUUCUACGACACCAGUUUCCUAGAGAUUUUCCUGCUGGAUUGGCUGACAAGGCGAUGCAUUCGACUGGGUGAUCUCAAUGCUACGGGCAGCGACGUCCAGUUGCUAAUCGAGCACCUCAAAUUCAACGAUAUGCAGGAGCAGGCAAAGUUGUUAAUUGAUACGAUCAAUAGUAAUGCCCAAGAGAUCCGGGUGCCGGCGCCCGCCUCUCCGUUGGCCAUCAAAAGGGAGACUCUGAAGGAUAGCCAGACGGCUCCAGCGACAGCUUCAGAUUCAGUUCCAGCUACAGCUACAGCAUCUCUUAGACGGGCCGAUGCCCUGCAGUUGAGUCGGGAAAACGCCGGCAUUGCCCUGAUCAUCAACCAACGCCAGUUCCACAGAAACGUCAGCCCAGAACUGAAGAUGUAUCUGUCGCCAAAGAAACUGGAGAGUCGCGUUGGCACGGAUGUGGACGAGCGGCGGCUUGGGGAGGUCUUCUCCUCAAUGGGUUACCAGGUGGAGUCGCAUCCCGAUGUAGACCACAUGGAUAUGGUGCAUCUGAUACGCAACGCCUGCAGUAGAUCCGCGAUCCGGGACUCGCUGGUGGUCUGCAUCCUAAGCCACGGCUUCGAGGGGACUGUGUAUGGCGCCAACAGUAUCGCUCUGCGGAUCUCGGAGCUAGAGAAUGUGCUAUGCAGCGACGAUGCCAGCCUAUACGAUCAAUCCCAUCGCCUGGUCAAGCUACUAUUCAUCCAGGCCUGCCAGACGGAGCCUGACAAGAAGCUGGAGCAGGAUCAGCAUGGAUUGCCAUACCCCUUAGAUGCCACCACACAGUCGCCGGGCCAGCAUUUGCACAUGUUGCGUGCCAAUUCAACUGUGAAGGGUUUCUCCGCUCUGCGGCACACACACAACGGCAGCUGGUUCAUCCAGAGCCUGUGCGAUAACAUCGUUCAGCAUUCGUCCAGCACGCAUAUAGCCGACAUACUGAUGAAUGUCACCAGGGAUGUGUCGGGAAAGCGGGGCAAGAACAACGAGUCAAUGGUGCCCGACACAAACAUCAGGAUGACGCAGCACGUCUACUUGCCACCGCGUUGCCCCUGAUUGGCUUGAAUCCAGUCAUGGAUAAGCUCUUUUUCUUCAGGCAAAUACAUAAGAAUUACUUUCCAUUAAAACCUGACCAGCUUUUAUCAUAAUAACUACUGUA